UUGCCGCGAUCACGCAUUCCCGCAUCGCUGCGCUGCGCUGGGCUGCGACGACGCGACGCUGAAAGGCGAGCUGAAAGAAAGAAACGAGCACAAAAAAAGCAGAUCUUCUCCGAAGUGAUUCGUAAUUCUUCUGCCUCUUGUGCCACAAGCCACAACAACCGUUCCCUCCCGUAACUAAUUUCGCAAACCUGAGCCAAACCUGUGCGCCCUGCGGGUACUACUCGAGUACACACACCUUUACUUCGUGUUGCUGUGGCUGCUGACUGCUGGCUGUUGGCUGCUGACCGGGACUCUGAGUCAUUCGUACUCGCCGUUGUUGUUGCUGCUGCUUUGCCGGACUUGCGGACUUGCCGAGUCGCCUCGAGAGUGAUCGAAUAAAGACCCGGCCCAAGCUCACGAGAAGAGAUCAUUUAAAGGCAGCUGCAAUCAGUGCUCGAUCAAUCAUUGAGCCGUGAACGUGACAUUGGAAGGAUCGACCAGCGAUCGAAUAUAUCAACGAGAUUCCACCAGCAGUCAGUGUGACCCCAGUAGACCUCUAGACAACGUGUGCAGAACCAACCCGGCCAGGAAGUGCUUUAUAUCGCGAGUGUUUGAAGAAAUUCCAACCCGAAAGCAGCGCCGCUCAAGUGCAGAAGAGAAAAUGAAGUGUCUAAUCUUAUCGUUUUUGGUCAUUGCCUUUGUGGUCGAGAAUAGCGUUGCUGCCCCAAGGCAUCAGGUAUUACAACAUCGCGACGGCUUUAUUCCGGUGUAUAUCCGGUACGGAGAUGAACCGCUAGCAGACAUCAAUCCGGCCUUGGCUGCAGCCUUCCACGAGCCUGUGACGCGUGUUAGCCGCGCUGAGCUAGCGCAAAAGCUGCAGGCUGAUGAAUCUCCACUGAACAAUACCUCCAGCAAUUCAACAUCCCAUUCGGCAUCCAUAUCGGCGUCGGACGAAAUUCGCGCAGCUGCGAGAGCAGCCGCAGCAGCAAAAGCGGUUCCGGCUGUCUAAAAUUUAGAAACCAUCGGGAGGAGUAGCAAACACACACCCAGCCCAAGACAGUUACCCGGUUCGAUGUUACUAAACAUUUCGUUUUCACAAUUCUGUACUGAACAAGAGACUUUAAUAAAGCCAUACCA